AUGCCGCGGCGCGGCGGUGCCCGCGCCGGCGCGCGCUGGGGGCGCCACUGUGCGGCCGCGUGGGCGGCGCUGCGCUGGGGCGGCGGCUCCGGCGGCCUGGCCGUGGCGUUCGCCGCGGGGGAGGGUCGGCCGCGGGGAACCUCGCCGCUCGCCGCGGCGGCGGCGCUGGGUGGCCCUGUUAUCAAGGGGUCCGUGGAGGAGGCGGUGCUGCCGCACAGGAUCUACGCGAAGAACACGCUCAACGAGUCGUUAGCAGAUUUCCGCCUCGGCGCUGGCUCUCUGCACGGCGCGCUGCUCGACUCGGAGGUGCCGGCCUUGUUCGGGGACCACCUCACUGGCAGCCGCGAGAUGCUGACCACGUGCAGGGACGGCCCGUGCUUCAAGGCGGCGCUGCGGAGCCCCUCCGGGCGGGCGUGCACGGUGGCGCCCGCGCCGGGGCGGCCGACCUGCGAAGCGGCCGACCCCGAGCUCUGCUUGGAAACCCUGAUGCCUCUGCUGCAUCGGGCCGCGGUGCGGGCCGAGGUGAGGGUGCACGAGUUGCAGAAGAAGCUGAGGGCCGCAGAGCUCGUCAACAGUGCGCAGGCGCCUCGGCAGCUCUGGCAAUCCCGCGCGCCGCCCCGGAGCGGGCACGCCAUGGCUGCUGGCCGCCUAGUGGACGAGCUCCUGGGGUUCUUCCUGGGAGUGCUCGAGCGGAUGGACUACAACCCCCGGCUGGCGGCGUGCCUCGGGACCCCAGUGGGCCAGAGCAUGCGGCACGAGGUCCUGGCGGCCCUCGAGCACCGCGAUGCGGUGGAGAGCCGCCUGCGGUCGUUGCGCUGGAACCUGGCCUCGAAGAGCCUGGUCGAGGGCCGCCACGGCUGGCACUCCAUGUUCGGCCGCCAGGCCUCCGAGGUGAGCGAGCAAGCCACACUGGCUCAUCGCGCGCCUGCUCAAGCUGCCGGCUCGCGUGCAGACCUUGUGCGAGGAGCGCGGCCACGGCGAGGCGCUGCGGCUGCUGCCGACGGAGCUGGAGGAGGGCGCCAAUGA